GUCCACGACAUCUGGAGUGUCAAAACUGCCUAACUCUGGUCUAAAAUCUGGUUUCUUCUCAUCUUCAAUUCUCCUUUAGCUCUACUUGGUCACUAACUUAAAUUGUAUUUUUCCCCAGAAUUAAAGCAGUAUGUCAGGCAACAGAUACUUCCCGAAAAACUAUGUGCUGAUAUUCGUGUUUUUGCAGACGGCAGUUCUUGGAGACCUGGACUGUACAUAUAAUGGCUUUGAUGUUGUGUCUUGCACAUGGAAAUUUGAAAAAGAUUUUGGUUCCACGCCAUGUGUUCUGAAUGCCACUCACAGCUCCAUAAGUGAUAGAAGGAAGGUGAAGGGAUUCUGUCCACUUCCUCCAGCUGAGGGUCAGCGACAAUGUAAUCUACGAAUGACCAAUGCGCUUAAUACCAAAAAUGUUAUCACUGUAUCAGAUUGUUUAAACAUAACCGUAAAUUGCAGCAAUGGACGGGGAAAAAACAGCAGCAUUGCAUCACUAGUAAAUCACAAUCUAUUCAACCACUUACGCCUUGAUCCACCAAAAUAUCUACAAUGCAAUGAAACAUAUGAUAGACUAUGGAACCUCAGCUGGGAAUGUCCACAACCCCCUUAUAUCGCAGGAAAUAUGGAGUACCAAGUAUUCUACAAGCCCAGCACAGAUUCAUGGGAGGAAGCGAAAAUGAUACCUAUUAGACAAAAUGAACUGUCGGUGACGCUGAGAUCCCUGCAUCCUAACACUCUAUAUGAAGCUCGAGUGCGGGUAAACCAAACCAGAUAUCCUAAGGGCCAGUGGAGCAAAUACAGCGAACCUCAUCGGUGGAAAACCCAUCCUGAAGAUUCUGCAGAGUCAUCCUCCCAAAACAUUACAGAGAUAGUCGCACCAUGUACUGCUAUUGUGGUUUUAUGUAUCUUGAUACCACUAAUUGUGCGCUCGUCAGACAGGGUUAAGAAGAUAUUCUGGGUUGGUGUUCCAGAUCCAUCAAGAUUUUUUGACCCAUUAAUAUCUACUCACAAGGGAGACUUUAAGAAAUGGAUAUCCCCCUUCGGCAUCUCUGCCUUUUCUCCAGACCCUACUCCUCCUGAUUUAUCCCCCGUGGAUAUCAACUGGAAUAAGGAAAAAUGCAUACCUAAAUUCGUUCCUCCCGGACUCCAUGACAUUCCCACAGAUCGCAGUGGAAAUACAUUUUCUAGCUUCUCCAACAAAGGAUACUUCUUUUUCCAGUUCCCCAACACAAAAGAAGCAACUGACUCCUCUGCGUCCUUUUCGUAUGGUUGCUUGGACCAGAGAAGCAUUCCAUCAGUGCUUCAGAAUAUAAAUUUACCCUCACCAGCUGCAAGUGAGGAUACUCCCCUCUUCCAUGCUGACUACCUCAGCGACCCCAUGUCUGUUGGCCUUGGUAUUCAAAAUAGAACUUUUGAAGUAUCUACAAACGCAAUUCUACCAUCAUGUACGGUGGACCAAGAAGAAUUAAGUAAAGAACAAGUCGGUGAAGCAAUGCCUGACCAGCUUUAUGAAGAUGUGGAAAUAACAAGUGAUAAGGAAGUUGAAGAGGAAUGUGACACUGCGAAACAACAGUCCAGUGUGGCCAGUGCACCUCCAACAAUGCCUGAUUGUAUACACCUUUCAUUCAAGGAGGGUGAUAUGACAAGAGAUUACUUAUCCUUGAGUGCAGUCUACCAGACACAUUGUUGCCAAUGGGUGUGAUUGAGUAGU